AGGGGCGGGGUCAAGCGAGAGUCGUCACGUGGUUUUUACGGUUGCCGCGCCUCUUCCUGUCGGACAACGCUUACUCAUAAAAUCACAAUCUUGAAGGCAGCAUUUCAACACUCGGACGCUUUUUUUUUAUUCUUGAAUAUUUCAAGAUACUACAUUUACCUCGACCAUGGACAUCCUUUUAUUCCUGCGACUAAGUUUGUUUGGACUUGCUACGAUUGCUCAAGCUCAAAGCUGCUCUACACCUCCUCGAGGUGCCAACAUGGACUUGACGGACACAGACAUUCUUACGGAAAGUUUUCCAGACGGUGGCACGGCUACUUUUGCCUGUAAUGUGGGUUACACGCCGGAAGGAGGUUCUCCAACCAUCACUUGCACAGCUGGAACCUGGAGUCAAGUUACGCUCAUAUGCAAAAGGAAGACCUGUGGCUCCAUUGGAAACGUGCCAAAUGGAAAUGUUGAUUAUUCACAGGGGAAUGAAUUUGGUGAUACAAUCUCCGUCAGUUGCAACCGUGGUUACAUCUUGGUUGGCAAAGAUUCCUUCACAUGUGGAGAUCAAGGGUGGGAAGGCGGCCGCCUGCCGUCUUGCGAAGUGGUGGUGUGCGAUCCCCCACCACAAUUACCUAAUGGCUUGUUCAGCCCUGGCUUAGAGAGCUAUACAUAUGGACAAGUUUUACAGUACAGCUGUGAAAAGGAUUAUACCCUCAACGGAUCCAAAAUCGUAGAAUGCUCAGAUAAUGGUCAAUUCAAACCCGAUCGUCCAAAUUGUGUCAAGGUGAACUGUCUAGAACCCAUAGUAGAAAAGGCUGAAUGGGUAGCACGACCCCCUUAUGGAUACAAGGCCAUGCUGACAUUUCAGUGCUUGGCAGGAUACACAAUGAAUGGAUCUGCCAGCAUCACAUGUGGCAUCAACAGCACCUGGUCGCCACCAGCUCCCAGUUGUCUACCAAAACAAACAACCACAAUGCCUUCUGACAAGAAGACACCGUCAUCACCAACCACACCGACACCAAAAGCAAAACAAACGACCACGACGCCGUCUGACAAGACACCAUCAUCACCAAUCACACCGACACCAAAAGGAGAUGGUGGGAACAGCUUGUGGAUGCCUUUGGGUGUCGCUCUUAUAGUUGUCAUUGUGCUCACGGUGGUUAUUGCUGCAUGCUAUCACUUCCGAGGAGCAUUCAUCAACAAAGAGAACAAACUUGGCUAUCGAAAGGGUCGCUCCAACAGCGUCGCUACUACAGAUGAGGGAGUGGUGAUGUCCGUAAGAAGCUAGUAAGCCCACUGAUCCUGUUGGCCCAACAUUGCUAGGAGGAAGAAGACUUCAGACUUCAGCCCCAAGAGGACAACAAAUUCCGUAAAUUGAUCUGAACUCGCGCUUAUGUUUGGAUUACAUCUGAUGACACGUUCCUCACGCUUGAUAUUCAAACUGGAAGACGUUUUAGAAACAUUUGAUCAGAGAUGAUUGCAAAAAAUCAGUAUUCAUAACAACAGGACAUCCUUUAAUGUAUUUUCCAGACUAUAGAGCGCACCGGUGUUUAAGCCACACCCACUAAAUUUUAGAAGAAUAAAAUAUGUUUCCAUAUAUUAGCCGCACCGGACUAUAAGACGCAGAUAUUUAGGUUAUUUACACAGAAAUAUUCUGUAAAUGUUUAUUUACAUACCUUAAUUGUUUCCUAACAGUGUCUGUAACAGGGCAGUAGAACGGCUGAUCAAACAAAACAGAAGUCAUCAUCAUGGACCCACUAGCUGCGCAAGCAAGCUCUCCAAUCAGGUAAACAGACUCAAUAACUCCAUGGUGACGUUUUGCUGAAUUCACUGAAGAAUUUGUGAAAGUGAAACGAUACAAAAAGAAUGCCGUUGUAAGUUAAUAAUACUAACAGACACUCGUAAAUAUGUUAGCAUACCAGCUAAUGCUAACGACGCUAGCUUGAUUACGAUAGCACGUACAAAUAUGCAUGAAAACACUCCUAAAGACAUCACACAUGGGGACGCUCUAGUAAGCAAGAAUUGUUUUAGUUAUAUUGGAAAACUUACAAAGGGAUGAAUGAAAAAUCCGGGGGACAAACAGGCACUUACGCUUCCGGUUGAAGGCACGAAAACCGCAGCACCUGCAGUGGGCGGACUCGUCCAAAAGAUGGCGCCAUAGCACAAACAAUAACGCACCCAUUCAGUGUCUCCUGUCGGUGUAAUAUCAAUAGAAAACAAUAUGGCUGUGAGCGAAGAAAAAUCCAUUAGUUAGCCGCACCGUUUUAUAAGCCGCAGGAAUCAAAGCGAUGAAAAAAGUGGCGGUUUUUAAUCUGGAAAAUAUGUUUUUUUUUCUUUCUUUUUCUUCAAUAUUCCACAAUAAUUUUAAAUGAUUUGCCAGACAAACAAGUGAUGGGUUUGGAACGCAGGCUGACACGUUCAGUUCUUGAAGAAAAGCAGUUCUUAACAAUAACCAUUCCUCAAAGAGAAGCAGUUCUAAAUGAGAGCCAGUCUUCAAAGAAAACCAGUUCUAAAUAAGAGAUGGGUUUUCAACAAGAAGCAGAACUCAAAAGGAGAACCAGUUCUUGUGAGAACCAGGAUUUAGAAGAGAACCAGUUUUUGAUUGCAUCCCUGUAGAAGAUGUUCUUGAAUGAGAAGAAUGAAAGAUUCUACUUUUGGAUCUGACUUUCUUCCUUUUCCUUCUUGUGCACUUUUAGUUCAUUUUCAUUUGUCACAUUUUGUUGAAUAGUUUGAAACUGGAAAAAUAAGUUUUCUAUUGCGCCUUCAAAUGAAUGUAAAAUUGUUAAUGAUGUAACAAACAUGCUUGCUCUUGAAUGACAACAUACUGCACUCUACAUACUGUAAAUACAGUACCUACACUGUGUAGUAUAUAGUGUACGUACUGUACAUAUACUAUGUAUGUCCAUAGUGUAUGUACUGUACAUACAGUAUGCAGUAGAAUUUUUGCUGAGCUGCACUUUUUCCAAACUAUUUAUUGAAUGAAAAGUUGUCACGACUUUUUUUGCUGCUUUGACAUUGCACUGUUCUAGCCAAAAGCCAAACAAUAAAAAAAUAAAUAAGAUGAA